UAGAAUAUAAUUUUUUUGCCUUACCGUAUCUGUCGAAGUUUUGAAUAAAAUCCAUGUUAUCACAAACGAUAUCGAAAACGAUGGGUAUCGUGCCAUGUAUAACACGCCGUAUCGCAAAGGCGUGUAUGAGCACAGCACAAAACCAGUCAAGAUUCAUCAAUGAUAUUGUAGGAAUUGAUUUAGGAACAACGAAUUCUUGUAUUGCCAUCUUAGAAGGUUCUAAAGCGAAGGUUUUAGAGAAUUCCGAGGGAGCUCGUACUACUCCUUCUAUCGUUGCAUUUACUGAGGAUGGACAAAGAUUAGUUGGUAUAACAGCGAAACGUCAAGCGGUGACAAACCCAGAAAACACAGUAUUUGCAACGAAACGUUUCAUAGGGCGUCGUUAUGAUGAAAAUGCGACAAAAAAGGAAAUGGGUAUUUUACCUUAUAAAAUUGUUGCAGCGCCGAAUGGUGACGCGUGGAUUAAAGCCUUUAACAAAACAUACUCCCCAAGCCAAAUUGGGGCUUUUAUUUUAGAAAAAAUGAAGAACACAGCCGAAUCGUACCUGGGUCGUAAUGUUCGUCAAGCUGUUAUAACGGUGCCUGCUCAUUUUAAUGAUUCACAACGCCAAGCUACUAAAGAUGCAGGAAAAAUAGCUGGUUUGGAUGUUCUUCGUAUUAUCAAUGAACCGACAGCGGCAGCGCUUGCCUUUGGAUUAGAUCGCGGAGAUGGGAAAACACUUGCUGUUUAUGAUUUAGGCGGUGGUACAUUUGAUAUCUCAAUUCUUGAAAUUCUUGGUGGCGUCUUUGAGGUGAAAGCAACCAAUGGUAAUACGUCAUUAGGAGGAGAAGAUUUUGACCAAAAAAUACUGAAUUACCUCAUAAGUGAAUUUAAAAAAUCUUGUGGUAUAGAUUUAAAGCAAGAUAAACUUGCUUUACAACGUUUAAGAGAAGCAGCAGAAACUGCUAAAAUAGAAUUGUCGUCAAAACCUCAAACUGAAAUAAAUCUUCCGUUUAUUACAGCGGACGCUUCAGGACCCAAGCAUCUACAAAUCAAAUUAAGUAAAGCUAAAUUAGAAGAACUUGUUAAUGAGCUUUUAAUGCAAACGAAGGCCCCUUGUGAAAAAUGUAUUGUGGACGCUGGUAUCAAAAAAACAGAUGUGUCAGACGUUUUAUUAGUGGGUGGUAUGACGCGCAUGCCUCGUGUUGAAUCCUUAGUAAAAGAAAUUUUCGGUCGAGAACCUUUAAAAGCCGUCAACCCAGAUGAAGCUGUUGCAAUGGGUGCUGCAAUUCAAGGAGGUGUUUUGAAAGGAGAAAUUAAAGAUUUACUUCUUUUAGAUGUCACACCGUUAUCCCUCGGUAUUGAAACGCUUGGAGGUGUUUUUACCCGACUUAUUCAGCGUAAUACAACUGUACCCACAAAAAAAUCUCAAAUUUUUUCAACUGCCGCAAAUAAUCAAACACAAGUUGGUAUUCGUGUAUUUCAAGGAGAAAGGGAAAUGGCUUCAGAAAACAAAUUAUUGGGUCAAUUUGAUUUAGUUGGAAUUCCACCAGCACCUCGUGGCGUUCCUCAAAUUGAAGUGACUUUUGAUAUUGAUGCUAACGGUAUUAUGAACGUUUCUGCUGUUGAUAAAGCAGCAAAUAAAAAACAAACAAUUACAAUACAAUCAUCUGGAGGUUUGUCGCAACAAGAAGUUGAAACUAUGAUCAAAGAAGCAGAAACAUACCGAGAACAAGAUAAUAAGAAAAAAGAAACAGCUGUUGUUAAGAAUGAAGCUGAAGCUUUACAGUAUACCGUUGAAACACAAUUACAAGAUUUACAUGAUAAAAUAACAACAGAACACAAAACUGAACUUGAAGAAAAGUUGAAAAAUUUGCAAAAUGUUUUAUCGACCGAUGACGGAGAAAAGAUUAAAGCGGCUGUCAAUGAGCUUCAACAGUGCUCUUGGAAAGUUUCAUCUGCUGCGUACUCAACGCAGUCGAAUCCUAGUAAUAACGAACAAAAUACGAGCAACACAGAAACCGCCGAUACAAAUCCUAACGCAUAAAAAAUCAAUUGCAUGUAUAAAGUCCAUUAAGUACAAGGUAGGAUUUUAAUAAAAUUCUUCUUAAAGCUUAUUCGAGAAAAGCUUUUAUUAAUGAAUUGUGUUGAGACAAUUUUGCACAAUAAUUUUCUUUUUUUUUAUGUAAUAACACGUACAUACAUGAACUUUAAAUUGCGUACUAAAACUAGAAUAAA